AUGGAAAAUGGGUUAUAUCUGACUGUCGUGACUUUAAAUAUUCUUCUUAAUUGCUUUUGUCACGAUUCAAGGGUUUACAAAGCUAAGAGUAUGUUGGAUAGGAGUAUCGAAUUGGAAUGGGACAUUGGUGUUGUGGGGUAUAAUACUGUGUUGAGUGGGUUUUGUAGGAUCGGAGGGCGGUUGAGAGUUUUGAACCUUUUGGCCAGUAUUUUCAAGAGGGUGAUUGCACCAAAUACUAGGACGUACAAUAUCGUGAUUCAUAGCCUUUGCAAGGCUAGAAUGGUGGGAGAUGCAUGUGAAGUUAGUGAGUUAUUUGUGAGGAUGGAUAUGGAGAAGAUUGUCCCGAAUAUGUUCACAUAUACCAUUAUAAUCUGUAGUCUUUGUAAAGAAGGGAAAUUUCUAGAAGCUACUGAUCUUUUUGCAAAGUCUAUUGAACAUGGUUGUUUGCCAGAUUUGGUUGCAUACACGGCUCUAGUUGAUGGGUUGGUUAAGAACAGGAUGUUUAGUGAAGGGCUACAACUAUUAAAUAGAAUGCUGGAGCAAGGUUUGGUUCUGAAUGUUGUAUUGUAUGAUUUGUUAAUUAGGGCAUUUUGUAGGGAGGGUUUCUGUGGUAGCUGGAAGAUGUCGCAUGUUUCUCUUUUACUGGACAAAAUGCUUGUAAAUAGAUGA